AUUGCAAUUUUCAAACACGUUUUUCUACUGGAAACAACCCCUGCUGGUAGGCAACGGCUUUUUUAAUAUGGAAAAGUAACUUACAGAUCGAUAGAACCAAGCUCGCAGAUUUGAUGAUGAUGAGGGCUCCAAAUUCUGAUCAAAUACCAUUGAAAAAGGGCACUUGGAGUCCUGAAGAAGAUCACAAGUUGAUAGCUUAUAUUAACAGAUAUGGCAUUUGGAACUGGACUGAGAUGCCAAAAGCAGCAGGCUUGUCAAGGUCAGGAAAGAGUUGCAGGCUUCGUUGGAUGAAUUACCUGAGGCCGAAUAUAAAGCGCGGAAAUUUCACUGAGAAAGAAGAGGAAACCAUCAUCCGUCUGCAUGAAAUGCUGGGAAAUAGAUGGUCUGCAAUUGCUGCAAGACUGCCCGGAAGAACAGACAACGAAAUCAAAAAUUAUUGGCACACCCGCCUGAGAAAAAUCUCGAAGAAGAACAAUGUGGUGCAUGCAACUAAUAAAUUGCCAGAUAACCAAACAAUAAAUUUUCAAACUGAAGGGUCAAAUACAUCUGAAACUGAUCAUGUCUCAUUUUCAGCUGGUGCUCCUGAAGAAAAAUCAAUUUCAGGAAGCUCCAGUGGGAUCUCAAAGUCAUCGAAGCAGACUACUGCUGCUGCUGCUAAUUCCUCAUCAAAUUAUACUAAUGUGGUUAUCAACGAUAUUCAUAAAAGCCUGCAGGCCACUGUAGAGGUGGAUACUGGCUUACCUGAACUACCUAGAGAAGUAAAAAUUUUGAGGGGGCAGCCAUUGUCAACUGAAGACCUAGAGAUUUUGGAGAAUUGUUAUGCAAUGGACACGGAACUGAUGUGGCUUGAAGGGUCCAUUUAUCCAGAUGCAGUCCAAAAUGAUAGUGGAAGUGAUUUUUUGAUGAAUUUUUAG